UCCCGGGUCGUGCGCACCGGGUGCGCGGGUGGGAGGGACUGGUGUGUUCUGCCGGCCGUGGGAAGCGGAGCCUGGGGACAGCUGUCGGGACACAGGGCGGGCCCCCCACCGAGGGAAGGUCGUCACGAUGAACACCGUCCUGUCGCGCGCGAACUCGCUGUUCGCCUUCUCGCUGAGCGUGAUGGCGGCGCUCACCUUCGGCUGCUUCAUCACCACGGCCUUCAAAGACAGGAGCGUCCCGGUGAGGCUGCACGUCUCGCGGAUCAUGCUAAAAAAUGUAGAAGACUUCACUGGCCCUAGAGAAAGAAGUGACCUGGGAUUCAUCACAUUUGAUAUAACUGCUGAUCUAGAGAAUAUAUUUGAUUGGAAUGUUAAGCAGUUAUUUCUUUAUUUGUCAGCAGAGUAUUCAACAAAAAAUAAUGCUCUGAACCAAGUGGUCCUUUGGGAUAAGAUCGUUUUGAGAGGUGAUAAUCCAAAGCUGCUUUUGAAAGAUAUGAAGACAAAGUAUUUUUUCUUCGAUGAUGGAAAUGGCCUCAAGGGAAACAGCAAUGUCACCUUGACGCUGUCUUGGAAUGUCGUACCAAAUGCAGGAAUUCUACCUCUGGUGACAGGAUCAGGACAUGUGUCUGUCCCAUUUCCAGAUACAUAUGAAAUAACGAAGAGUUACUAACUUAUUCUGAAUUUGGAACAUAUUUUUAUAUGUGAUGAAUUGCAUUUCAUCUCUCCCCUGUAUCAUUUGUUUUUGGUUAUAUAUUUCCUUUUCUUUCUGUUUGGUAUAAGACAUAGUAGAUGUGAAAGGUCAUGGGCUGCUUUAAGCUUAGAUUUGCAAACAAAACAAAAGAUUGCCAGAGAGGAGGAGUAUAAGAAUGAGGCCACUGCAUAGGAAGAACUUGUAAGCAGGGUAGUAUUGACGCACCUCUUUUAUUUGCAUUGUCUUAUCGAAUAUAAAAUGAGCAUAAAGGGCUGUUAAACUUCUAGAUGUCUAUAGAGUCAUAAGAAUCUGAAUAUUUGUUUUGCAUUCGUGCAAGUUGACAGUGAUUGUGACUUACAUAAGAACACUGUCUUUUAGUGUAUGUUAGAUUACAGGGGACAUUAAUGUGGAUCUUCGAAGUCUGGUUUACAAAAGAGCAGAGUGGUAAAGUUUUAUUCCAUUUGUUUUAGAAAUCCUUAUAGUCCUUGUCUUUCUUAGGUGAAUAGUAGCUUUCUCCAAAGACCAAGAACCUCUUUGUAGUUCUACAAUCUUGCAGGUUCAUUUUAAAGUCUCAACUCAACCACAUUGUCUUUUAGUGUUUCCAUAAUGCUCCUUUGAAUAUCUCUGUAUAAAUUUUAAGCUUUGCCUUUGAAAGUUGAAAAUGUUGUUUGCAUGGAUUGCCUUCUGGAACUGGAUUUAUUCCUCUGAACAUGACUCUGCAAUUAGCUAUAGUUUUCUUAGCUCCAUAUUUUAAUAGUUGGAACAGUAACAACAUUUGUGGUAUGUUUUCCCCUCUACAAAAUUCUCUCAUUUGUUUGAAUGUUGACUUGUAUAGUCCUAAUGAGGUAGAUGGUACAAAUGUUAGCUCUUUGCAGGUGAAGAAACUGAAACCCCAGAAACUUAACAACUUCCACCUAAAUUGGAAAGCAAGUGGUAGAGUUCUCUGAUACCUCAGUUUACAUGUUAACCCCAUUCACCUAAUUUUAUUGUAGUUUUUGUUAUUUUGCAUUCCAUCUAGGAGUGAUAGCAUGUGAAACUAAUUUCAGCAGCCAGCAACGUAAACAAUGAUAUUUUUGUCUGUGACUAUUCAUUUUUACCCAUAUUAAAACUAUUUGGGUUUGUAAAAUAAAUUUAGAGAUUAAAUAUGUUAUGUAUAAUUAAAUAUAUAAUUAUAUUUGACAUGAAAAAAAUUUUUUUUGCAUUGAUUAGCACCCUCAGAGUUACCAGCUGCAAAUUGGCUACUCUUAAAUCCAUGUACAGACACUAGACUCUGUAGGUCCACCCAGCAGUAACCUAAAAGGGCUCUUUUCUAGCAUAGCAUAAAUCAAUUAGCAUUUGUUCUCUUUACCUCAUGUGAAGUAUAUCACUGUUUAUUGGCAUUCAUUUCAACAGCUCUUGUAUGGAGGUGCGGUUCUUACAAGUGCAUGCACAUGAGGUUUUUUAACGCAGCCAUGAGAUCAGAGGUACAGCCCAAGUUUGGUACUAGCAGUUUGAUUAAACAUUUCAGGCUGUCUGUAUCCUUGUCUAUAAAAUGAUUCUUUACUCCGAUACAAAUCUGAAGUGUUUUCUGUUCAGCAGAUCAUGAACAGGAAAUAAUGUUGGUCAUCUGAAGUCGGAGUUGAUGGAAAGAUUAUAGUUCUUAAUUAUCUGAGCUUCUACAUUUUACACCUACAAAGUUGAGCUUUGAACAGAUACUAGAUGUGCAAAAUCUACAAGUGUCAAAGGUGAGAAUAUCUGAGUGUGUCCUGGUUAAGGAAGCUAUGAGCAAACCUCUAGCAUUAAAGCCAGACCUCGGGUCCUUUAAUAGUUCACUAUAUUUUGUAAUGAGUGUGUCUGUUAGUCUAGCACAGACAAACUAAAACUGAAGGUUUCUAGAAUUACCAUUUAUUUGAAAAGCCCAGUUUUAGGAGUUUGGUAAGGAAAACCAGGAGCAGAUGGCGCAAUGUGACAAAGGUUUUUGAACUAAUGGAGCUGCUUAGACUAUGGCUGCUUCAGCCUGCCAUUAGCCCUGUUUCUCAGGAACUUAGUUUCCUGUGUGCACAACUUUAUCAGUUUGUAAUAGUUCUCCACCUUACAAACUUGGUAUGCUUGAUAAGUAUCUCUGGUAUCUGUUUUAGAGAAGUCUGAUCAGUGGGUCAAGUCUGAGCCCAGACAUGACUCUGGGAGAAGAGGAUAAUUCAAGGUACUUAGAGUGAUUGCAGUUAGAAAUGAACUUUAAAAUGUAUUGCUCAGGAUAUCCCUUUCAGUCUCACUUAGAAACAUCUUCGCCUGUGUGCUUCAUGCCCAUUCAUUGUAUUUAGUGCCCUUAUGCUAAGGAAAAUAACAGCAUCAGAAACUAUUAAGAAUCUAAUGGGAAAAUUGGUUGGUUUGAAUGUCUUUUCUGGUAGUUAUCUUACAGCUCUUCAGUGGUCUGGCUAGCCAGUUCUCUGUGUGAAGUGGGUUUUAAGAAUCUAAAGCUUUGGAUGGGGCUGGGACAGGCUAGUGGAGGGUUUCUUUGUAACACUUUGAAUUACCAUGCAGCAGAUGUACAGAGCAGACUUUGUAGCUGUGACCUUUGUAAGCAAACAUCUGUAUUUCAAAAGCUUUCUUGGCUUUCUGUAGCAAGCCUAUGUACCUUUCUGUGAGACUGCCAAUGGGUCAAGAUGUAAUUUUAAAAGUUAUUCCAUAGUUUUUACGCAACUUGGGAAGUUGUUUACUUAAAAAAUAAAUUCACAAGAAAAUAAUCCAUAAAAAUGCCAAAUAUAUAUGUGAAGAUUUUCUUAAUUACAAUAAAUAUUCAAUGUUUUUGUAAUAAAA